AUGAUGCUGGGCCCUCUUGGAGGUCCAAACUCACCGCCUCAAACCCCUACCUCCACCAUGCCAAUGGCGAACCGCAAGUUCGCUGCACGACACUUGCCGCAAUGGCAUCACCAAAUCAUACUCGAUGACUCCAGCAUUCAGCCUACUGGCAAUGGCCACGAAUUCAGCUUCACGCCUAAUCGCUUCGCUCACUUGUCGCCCCGCACCUCUUCCGAAGACUCCUCUGAGUCUGAUGAAGAGGAGGAAUCCGAGUCCGAACCCGAGUCUGAACAACGCCAGGUACUUCAAGCAAGACCUAAGGCCAACCACGACGAUGACGACGACGAAGAUGAGGACAGCGACGACGAAGACGAAGACGAAGAUUCAGACGACGAAGAAUCGGAAGACUCAGACGACGAUACGCCUAUGCGCUUUGCUCCUCCGGCCCCGAUGCCAGUAUCCAUAUCGGCUUCCAUGUUCGCUCAAAGGCCUGCGCCUAUGCCGGCCUCUCGUAUGGCUGUUGAUAGCAGUUCUGAAGAGGAAUCGGAUGAAGAGGAAGAUGAAGAUGAAGACGAAGACGAAGACGAUGAGUCCGACUCAGACUCGGAAUCAGAGUCUUUGGCUACGCCUCCCAUCCAAGAGAUUUGCCAAGAAACUCACAUUGUCACCGCCACUACCACAUCAACAGUCAAAGCGAAUUUCACGCUGGAAGAACUUUCCGACUUUGACCCAAUGGACCAAGACCGCAGCGGCACCAUUGCCCCCUCAGGCUUCUCCUCCCCAGCAUCUGCUCGCUCUCGAUCACGGGCACCACCACCCAGAGGGCUCCCUCUCGGCUUCACGCAGGAUAUGAGAAAUCUUGGUUUUGAUGAGAACAGCUCUGAAGGUUCGGAUAACGACUUGGAUGCCGAUGAGGCCCACCGCGAGUUCGUGCGCAUGCAACGGGAGCUGAAGAUGCGCAAGCGGCGGUCCCACGGAUCUAGCAUUGGCAAGCGCACCAUAUCGGAGCGUAGCGAUUCUGACCACGAAGAUAUGACACCCCUCGACGCAGACGAUGUCGGCUCCAGCGCCCGCAGACUCCGGCGACGCUACGGAGACAGCCACAGGCACAGCUUUAUCCUAUUCCAAGACCCACCCCCGCCUCGUAUCGACGAAGUCGAUGAGCCCGAGAGUGAGGUUGAAGGCACUUUUAUCUUUUGCGACAGCGGCACGCUGGCGCGAGAGCUUCCCUACUAUUCCAUCGAGAUCAUGGAGUACGAGAGUCCUAGCCCU